AUGGCCAGGCGCGACAGCAGCAACCUCGAUGCUUGUCGGGGAAUCAUCUACAGCGGACGCUCCAGUCAGCGCCCGAGCCAGUACGAACUUAAACGAGGGAACUCGACCAUGAAAGUCACGCCUCGAGUCGAUCUCCCAGCCGGUGGAAGUGCCGAAAUGGAGGACUCACCGGCCCAACAGAUCGUCGUGGACCCGUACGCUGAACCCCAGCCAGGAAAACUCUCCACUCGAUCGAAAUCCGGUCGUCAGUCCACACUCGCGGACAUGCUCUGGAAACGCAGCAACACGAACGUGGAUCUGCUUCGACGCAGCUCUGCCAGCAAGAUGCACCAGAAGCUCAAAUCUCGCCAUAGUCUGCCGGCGGGGGUUGCAGUCACCGCCACCAACACUGAGAGCGAGAUGCCACCGAUUCCAGACGAAGCCGAUGGCCCCGCAGAGACGUCCCAACUCGAAGCUCCUUCGAGCCCACCAACUCUCGCAUCGUGA